AUGGAGACACCCUACACCUGCUCUGAGUGUGGGAAAAGAUUUAGUGGGAGCUCAAUCCUCACCACACAUCAGAGAAUCCACACAGGAGUGAGAACCUUCACAUGCCCCGAGUGCAAGAAAAGCUUUCUAAACCGACCAAACCUCAUCACACAUCAGAGAAUCCACACAGGAGAGAGACCCUUCCCAUGCCCCGAGGGCAAGAAAAGCCUUCUAAACCGACCAAACCUCAUCACACAUCAGAGAAGCCACACAGGAGAGAGACCUUUCCCAUGCCCCGAGUGCAAGAAAAGCUUUCUAAACCAACCAAACCUCAUCAUACAUCAGAGAAGCCACACAGGAGAGAGACCCUUCACAUGCCCUAAGUGCAGGAAAAGCUUCAGCCAGAGCUCACACCUCAUCACACAUGAGAAAAUCCACACAAGAGAGCGACCCUACACGUGCUCUGAGGGUGGGACAAGCUUCAAACACAGGUCAAACCUGAUGGCACAUCGGAGAGUCCACACUGGGGAGACACCCUACACCUGCUCUGAGUGUGGGGAAAGAUUUAGUGACACCUCAACCCUCAUCAAACAUCAGAGAAUCCACAUGGGAGAGAGACCCCACACGUGCGCUGAACGAGGGGAAAGCUUUAGUUGGAGCUCAGCUUUUAGCAGACAUAAGAGAAUCCACACCAGCGAGUAA